GCCGCCGCCGCGGCUGCCUCGUUGAUCCCUGAGUGGCGGCGUCUUCGUGUACCUCUCUGCACUAUGUCCGGCGGCCUUCUGAAGGCGCUGCGCAGCGACUCCUACGUGGAGCUGAGCCAGUACCGGGACCAGCACUUCCGGGGUGACAAUGAAGAACAGGAAAAAUUACUGAAGAAGAGCUGUACGUUGUAUGUUGGAAAUCUUUCCUUUUACACAACUGAAGAACAAAUCUAUGAACUUUUCAGUAAAAGUGGCGACAUAAAGAAAAUCAUUAUGGGCCUGGAUAAGAUGAAGAAGACAGCAUGUGGGUUCUGCUUUGUGGAAUACUAUUCAAGAGCAGAUGCAGAAAAUGCCAUGAGGUACAUAAAUGGAACUCGUCUGGAUGACCGGAUCAUUCGCACAGACUGGGACGCAGGCUUUAAGGAGGGCAGGCAGUAUGGCCGUGGGCGAUCUGGGGGCCAGGUACGAGAUGAGUAUCGUCAGGACUAUGACGCUGGGAGAGGAGGCUAUGGAAAACUGGCCCAAAACCAGUGAGUGGUGAGAGCCCCAUCGUGAAAACUCAGUCCUUUGGCCUGUUCAAUUUGCCAUGCAUUACCCAAGGUCUACAAACCUGUCCACUUGUACCAUGCUUUGAUCAAGGUCUCUUCUGAGCUGGAAGCCUUUUCCUGGUUUUCCUUUGAAAACUAUUAAAGGACAGAAUCCAAAAGAAUGCCUUUAAAUCUAUAGUCUUACAAUCUUGGCCAUGUGUCAGGUUACCAGGUCAGAAUUUGUGUUCCAUGGCAACAGAUUCAAUCUACGAUGUUGAUCUGUCAGCCCCAAACACCACACUUCUUUUAGGAAGAUGGAAAAAUUUUUAAAUGGAUAGUACGAUCACAGUCUACACUGGGGCCUGGAAUUAUUAAAAAUUAGGUUUGCAGGAGACAAAAUGUAAUAAAUGGGGCUUUGCUAUGUUGUACAGCUUUGUUCUGUUUAGAAGUCUGACAACUACAUUUGUUUCUGGGUUGAGUUCUAAUCUCUAAAGGCAAAUUUAGGAGUCAGGGCAACUUCCUAAAUUGUUGGAGCAAAAGUAAGCCUUAGACUGUAAGCCAGGGGAUACCACCAGCUUAUAUGCUAUAUGUAUUAAGACUUGAGUAUUUA